GCGUCUCGUUGGUGCUGCUGGUGACCUCCGACCCCGCGGUGGCGGGGCGGGGCAGGGCGGUAUUAUCUCCUGGUGGGCGGCGGCUGUUGCAGCGGGACCCGGGAGCGGGGCCCGGCGCUGCCUGGGCCGCGGGGCGAUGUGAGCCCCAGAUGUGUCCCAGAGGAUCCAGGUGACUGCAGACUGCUUGCCAUGAUGCCCCACCAAGAACGGGGGAAAUAAAGUGGGGGUCCUUCCCCAUGCCCCUCCCAUGGUCAGCUCCCCAAUGGCCUGGGUGAGGGCGGGCUGGCUGCUCUGACACCAUGGGGAGCUGCUGCAGCUGCCUGAACAAAGAUAGCGUCCCAGACAACCACCCUACCAAGUUCAAGGUGACAAAUGUGGAUGAUGAGGGGGUGGAACUGGGCUCUGGAGUGAUGGAGCUGACUCAGAGCGAGCUGGUGCUGCACCUGCAUCGGCGCCAGGCUGUCCGCUGGCCUUACCUCUGCCUGCGGCGCUAUGGCUACGACUCCAACCUCUUCUCCUUUGAGAGUGGCCGCCGGUGUCAGACGGGCCAGGGAAUAUUUGCAUUCAAGUGCUCCCGGGCCGAGGAAAUCUUCAACCUGCUUCAGGAUCUGAUGCAGUGCAACAGCAUCAACGUGAUGGAAGAGCCAGUCAUCAUCACCCGCAACAGCCACCCAGCUGAGCUCGACCUCCCACGGGCCCCCCAGCCUCCCAGUGCUCUAGGCUACAAUGUCUCCAGCUUUUCCAAUGGCUUUCCUGUCUGCCCGGGAGAGGCCCCGCGAUUCUCAGCACCCCGGCGGCCCUCGACAAGUAGCCUGCAACACCCCUCGCUUGGGGAAGAGUCCACCCAUGCCCUCAUUGCCCCUGAUGAGCAGUCCCACACCUAUGUCAACACGCCAGCCGGUGAGGAGGACCACCGCAGGAGCCGGCACUGCCUGCAGCCACUGCCCGAGGGCCGGGCGCCCUUCCCCCAGCAGGCCUGGGGCCCCGACCAACAGGACCCGCAGGUGUUCCUGCAGCCGGGCCAAGUGAAGUUCGUGCUGGGCCCCACCCCUGCUCGGCGGCACCUGAUGAAGUGCCAGGGCCUGUGCCCCGGUCUGCAUGACCCACCCCCCCACAACAACAACGAGGGCACUUCCGAGUGCCCGGCGCAGCCCAAGUGCACCUAUGAGAGCACCAGCGGGGGGCUGCGGCCCGGGCCCAGCUGGAGACUGAGCCCAGAGGAGCCGGGCUGGAAUGGCCUUGCCCACCGCAGGGCGGCCCUGCUGCACUAUGAGAACCUGCCCUCCCUGCCCCCCGUGUGGGAGGGCCAUACCCAGCAGCUGGGGGAGGAGGCGGGGGAUGACGGAGACUCAAGGGAUGGGCUCACACCCUCCUCCAAUGGCUUCCCUGAUGGUGAGGAGGAUGAGACCCCACUGCAGAAGCCCACCAGCACCCGGGCUGCCCUCCGCAGCCGCGACAGCUUCCCUGUGCCGCUGACCUGCCGCCGAGGCUCCCCAAGGGUCUUUAAUUUUGAUUUCCGCAGACCAGGCCCCGAUCCCCCAAGGCAGCUCAACUACAUCCAGGUGGAGUUGAAGGGCUGGGGUGGAGACCGCCCUACGGGGCUCCAGAACCCCUCAGUCUCCCGAGCCCCCGUGCCCCCCACCCACCCUGCCCGCAGCUCAGAUUCCUAUGCCAUCAUUGACCUCAAAAAGACCGUGGCCAUGUCCAACCUGCAGAGGGCUCUGCCCCGAGACGAUGGCACUGCCAGGAAAACCCGGCACAACAGCACUGACCUGCCUCUGUAGGGCCCUCCUCCCGCCCCGCCUCCCGCUUGUGUCCUCUGAACCUGCCACCCCGGGGUUCAGGGUUGCUUUGCAGAAGGGAAUUGAGGUGGGACCAGAUGCUUCCCUGCCCUGGCCAGAGUCCCCAGGGAGACCAGCUGCUGAGUCUCCCGGUCUCAACUGGGGAGAGGAGAGGGUGCCCCCAUGAGGAGGAGGGAGCCUCGAUGUAAACUGUGAAGGGUUCCUGUGAUUGCAUUUAGCACCUGCCCAGAUGUCCAUUUGUCUGUCGUCUGUGUGUAUCUUUUGGUUGAAAUUUUGAAACAUUUUGUACCUGUUGAUUUUAUUUAUCAAUUUAUUUUUCUAUUUAUUGUUUUAAAUGUAAUUUGACAUAUUUAUUAUUAAUAUAAUUAUUUUUAAAUUCUG